AUGGACGUACUACAGACCAUAGUGAUCGCAACUGGGUGCAAUCAUGCGGAUAUAAAACUGGAGCCUAUCAGUAAAACCCGUAAUGGACUUGGGUCUACAUGGGUAAAGUGCCCAGUGGUGGCGGCUAACAAACUAAUAGAUAAUAAGAAAAUAAGAAUAGGAUGGACCACUGCGAAGAUAACGUCGCUCCCGGAUCGUGGACUACAGUGCUUCAAAUGCUUGCAAUUUGGACAUGUAAGGGCCGAGUGCAGGAGCACCGCAGACCGUAACACUACAUGCUAUAGAUGUGGGGAAGAAGGCCAUCAGGCAAGAGAAUGCACGAAGGUUGCCAAGUGUUUGGUCUGCGAGGAGGCGGGACUCCCUCACGGUCAUCGAAUGGGGGGCAAUGCCUGCCAUCCCGAGAUAGGUCAAAGAAAUAAGAAAAGGGUACAAAGGAACCAGCUGGCCGGAAAACAGGGGGGAAAACCCCUGGAAACUGGACCUUUCACAGAGCAUACUGAGUAUACUCAGAACACUCAGGAAUGA